AAAACUUUCUGCACGUGACUUUCUCUUCAAAGCUUCUCAAUUUUCUCUCUCUCUCUAAAUAAACCAGAUCAUUCUCUUCCUGCAGUCCAUUUUUCCAAAGUUUCAUCAUAACCUAAUUUACAAAUUGUUGUGUCCAAGUGAAAACUUAGGUGCUUCAGAUUAGUUUUAUUGAAGAAAGACGAAAAAUAGCCCCUCUUUUUGUGGGUGAAAUUGCAACUUUGGAGCAUCGACUGUGGUGUCGUGUGGUGUAAGGCAGAGAAGGAAGUAGUUCAGGAAAGAUGCAGAAGCUAGGCGAAUUCAAGCUGCCUAACUUCUUUAAUUAUCCACCCUACUUCACUUUGCAGCCUGUGAGGGAAACUAGGGAGAAGCAGAUACAACUAUGGAAAGAGCUCAUAAUUGAUUUCUGUCGAACCCAAAAGAUCUUUGUAAUUGCGCUGGAGGUAGACUUUCCAUUGUUCAGUAAUGCUGCUAUUGAAAGAUCUCUGAGUCAUGAAGCUAGGGAGGCAUUUCUCUCGGCUUUGGUUUCUGAUGGUCGUGCAGAAUGGAUGGAUAAAGGUCAUAGAAAAUGCCUAGUUCUAUGGCAUCGUAUUCAAGACUGGGCAGACUUGAUUGUAAACUUUGUGAAGGAGAAUGGGCUGGAAGACAGUGUUAUGACAGUUGAAGAAAUACGUUCUGGGGUGGAGUCCCGUGGAACAGAGCUUCAUGGAAUAGACCGUACAGUUCUUAUGCGAGCUUUGAAGGUGUUGGAACAUAAAGGAAAGCUUGCAAUAUUUAAGGGAACAUCAGCUGAUGAUGAAGGUGUCAAAUUUUCUGUGUAAACCACCUUGGUGGACUAUAUUUAUGUGUACAAUGAUGGAGAAAGUUCGUAUCUACGAGCACGUAUGAAUUACGUUAUGGAGUGAAACUGGAGAUAAAAUGGUUUCAUGUUGUGAUACAGAUACCUUACUGGACUAUUUUAAUUCCAGGUAGAAUGAACAUUGAGUUCUUACUUGACUAAUUUGCCUAAAUGAACAGAUAAUAUAUAGACUGAUGAAAGGCUAUAUAUGAACA